AGCAGUGGGGUCGAUGUGUGUGUGUGUGAGGUUGUGUGUGAGUGGGGUGUAUGGUUGAUGCAUAGCAAGUGGAUCCAUAGCUACCAAGGCUGAAUGCCCAAACAGUCAGUCAGUGUAAAUAAAGCAGACUUCCUGGGAAAGUGGGAUCUCAAGUGACGUAUGGUGGAGCAUUAGGUUAGCUGGCAGCGUUGCUUGUGGACCUCUAAGCUACAACCAAAUCUCAUCCGACAAGACCUCUGCAUCUUGGAAAGGAACUGUGAUAUACUAGGAGCUGUGCUUCAGUCAAUCAGGGCAGCACAAGAGAGAGAGUGCAGGACAGCAGGAGCGAGAGGGAACGUGCAAGAGAGAGAGAGUGAGGGAGAAAAAAAGAGAGAGCGAGAGUGAGUGGAGGAGAGAGAGCGAGGGAGAGAUAGGAGGAGAGAAUUCUGCUGAAUGGAAGCAUUUUUGGUGGAUGGGAUAAAACCAACCAUGGAAACUACAUCAGAAGAUAACCAAGAGCAGAGCCAGGAGAAAAAAGGUUGCUUUGAGUGCUGCAUCAAGUGUCUGGGCGGGGUGCCGUAUGCGUCACUGGUGGCCACAAUCUUGUGUUUCUCCGGCGUGGCCCUGUUCUGUGGCUGUGGCCAUGUGGCCCUUACCGGCACCAUCAGCAUCCUGGAGAACCACUUCUCCAAGAUCACCUCUGACCACGCUAUGCUGACUGACGUAAUACAGCUGAUGCAGUACGUCAUCUAUGGCAUCGCCUCCUUCUUCUUCCUCUAUGGGAUCAUCCUGCUGGCCGAGGGCUUCUACACCACCAGCGCUGUCAAGGAGCUGCACAGCGAGUUCAAGACUACCAUCUGCGGGCGCUGUAUUAGUGGGAUGUUUGUGUUCCUGACCUACAUCCUGGGUAUUGCCUGGCUGGGUGUAUUUGGUUUCUCCGCCGUGCCCGUCUUCCUCUUCUACAACAUGUGGUCCACCUGUGCCGCCAUGAGGUCACCAGUCGCCAACUUCACCAACGUGGACUCCAUCUGCGUGGACGUUCGUCAGUACGGUAUCAUCCCCUGGAACGCUACACCAGGCAAGGCUUGUGGGUCCACACUAGGAGACAUCUGUAAUACUAGUGAGUUCUACCUGUCCUACCACCUGUACAUUGUAGCAUGCGCUGGAGCCGGGGCCACCGUCAUUGCUCUGAUCCACUUCCUCAUGAUUCUCUCAGCAAACUGGGCCUACCUAAAGGACGCCAGUCACAUGCAUGCCUACCAAGACAUCAAAAUGAAGGAAGAGCAGGAGCUGCACGACAUCACCUCUCGCUCAAAGGAAUGUCUCAAUUCCUACACAUAAGGAUUACGCCCUCGUCCGCCCCUUACACCUCUAUGGCUACACACACACACACACACACACACACACACACACACGCAGCCGCACCCAGGCUAGCUCAUGCGGCCUACCGGCCCAAGAGAACACUCAGCUCCCAUAACCUGCCAGCUGCCCUCAUGCAGCACAGUAACACAGCUCCUAACAAACUAAUGCAUCAAUGUCGCUUUCUGCAACUAACUAACCAAGACGUGUCGGAACCUCUGUUUUGUGUUUUGUAUGUGAAUAUACUUUUGUUUUUAUUUUUCUAAUUGUCGAAGAAGACAAAUACACCGUUUAGAAAAAUGCUUUUUUUUGUUUUCUUCCUAAUCAGUCUUUGCUGGUGAAGCUUGAAACAUUGCACUAUUCUAACACAAGAAUGUAAAGAAAUAGUGAAACUUGUUUUAGAGUGUUCUGUUAUGAUUCUGGCCUGACUGUUGGCCAUUUAUGAAUAAGAGAGAGCAGGAAGUUCGUGUCAGCGAGAAGAGAAUCUGAUUUUUUUAAAUCAAAGAUGCAGUUUUGAUAACACUUCAUAGCACAACAUGAAACGCCUUACAAAAUCACAGUUAUAUUAAAUGUGUUAUUUUUAAUUGCACACUUGUUUGGUCCUCCUGGCUUUGAAUGGAGAGAAUAUAAGGAAGAGGAAUAUGAAGGCACAACAACAUUCCAUUGUAGAACAGAACAUGCAUUUGUUGGCUUCAUUGACAAUGUAUUUAUGUUACCCCUCUGCCCAUUAAAACUACGUUAGGUUUAGAUGACUUUUCUCUUGAUAGUAGUUUUCCUAUUUUAGGGCUGACAUUGAGUUGAAAUAGGUAUGCUAAUUCUGAUUCUAGAAUUUCACCAUUUACAUUCAUCACGUGCAUAAAUAAUGAUGCAAAAUACUAAUUCCCUCAGGUGUACAAUAGUGGGCCUACGUAGGUACACUUUAUGUACAUACACAGGUAUUUUACUUAACCACGUGCCCAUGUAACUGUAAGCAAAACCGUGGUGGUUUCAGAUUUUAGUCCUUUUGGAAGGCAGAAUACCUUACACUAAAAUACAUGUAAAGACUUUUUAAACUCUGGCAAGUGAAUGGUGCCAACAAGAGUUAUACUGUUAGACUGACCAAAAUAUUUCAUCACCAAAGUGUGAUACCAUGAGUAAUAAUUAGUAUCAUUUUUGUUUAUUAAAUGCAGCAUUUUUAUAGCCAGUCUACAUAUAAUUUAAAAUGUCAUGGUUAAUGUCUUUGUGAGAUGAAAAAUAAAUUUCAAAUUUGACAAUAGAGCAUGAGGAUGGUAUACUACCCUGUUGGACAGUGGGGCUUGUACAUCCAAAUUAUUGUUGGGAUGAAUAAAUGCUUCCUAUUGUAUAGUGUAUAUCUCUCACAGUUAAUUCCAAAUUCCCAUGUGACUUGAAGUUCCCUUUUGCGAUUGUUAAAUGUUCAUCCCUAUAACUACAAGAUACAGGAUGCUUACAUUUUACUUGGUUGAGAAAAAAAUGGCUAUCUGUAACGAAACAUUAUUUGAUUGAAUGUGAUGUGCUUUGUUACCAUGGUAGACCUUACGAUUUAGACAGUGCAAGUAAGAUGUGUGAAUGUUAUCCCUUCUACAUCCAGGCUAACUCAGUCUUAGGAUGUGGAUCUACAAAAAAAUCAGUGCUUGUAUGUGUACAGUGUAAAGAUGUUACAAGUCAGGAAUCUUUUUGUGAUGUUUCAAAUCUUGUUUUUUAUUGAAUAUAUAACCACUUAAGAAAAAAAGUUUCAAAAUCUCUUCAAUUGCAUUUCAGUAUUGUUUUUGACAUGCAAUUGUUAAAAUAGUGACAUAAUUACUGAUGUAAUAUUUUUCUGUUAGGUAGAGGAGACACAGGGAUAUUGAUGUUUAUUCAUUAUUGCAUGAAGGAGAAAACUGUUUCUGCAGUGAUACAGGUGAUGUGUAGUCAUUUGUACUGACAACUAUGGUAGGCAGUGUUUGCCUGUUUCCUUUUUUUUCUUUUUCUAACAGAGAACAAAUUAAUCCAUUGUAUGUCCAUUGUAUGGCAUAGUAGUCCUAGGUGUUUCUUAGUUCUUAUUUUUCCAAGUCUGAAGUAUAUGAAUCCUCUGUAGUAUUUUGUAACCUAAUAGUGUACCCCAUUUUUUCUAUGAGUGUCAAGGGCUUCCUUGUGAAUUUAUUUCAAGUGAUACUUAACGCCUCACAGUAUUAUGAAUAUUAAUCAUCACCAUAUAAUUGAAAAUGGCAAUCUGACCAUGAAUAGAAUACGGUUCAGACAAAGUUUAUAAGCCACUGUAAGUGUUGAUUGACAACAUCUUAUUUUGUGAACAAAGCGGUCUCAGAAAUAUUGUAGAACAGAUUCAAAAGUGGCCUGCAGGAAGAUGACUGAUGUGAAGUGAAUUACUUUGAUCAUACAGUCUCAUUAUACAGUGCUUCCUGUGAAAAAAGUACCAAAAAAUAAUAGAAAUCAAAAUGGCUACCGAUCAAUCCCCAGGAGGACACCAAUCCAACAUCCUGUCUGACUGGGAUCCACUCUGACAUUUCUCUCUCAACCAGCCUGUUAACUGUUUUUAUGAAAAUAAAAAAGACUAAAAUGAACUCCA